AUGGCUGACGUGCUGGUAAAAAGUGACCGGACGAGGGUCCGCAAAGAAAUCGAGUACCGAGCGCACAGCCGGUUGGCUGCGGACCAGCGGAGCAGCUCAAACCUAACAGACGGGCGUGGGAUGUCCAAAGAAGAGACGACUGUUGGCCGACAGGUCCUCUCUUUGGGGGUUGGUUUCUUUUUCUGUGCUUCCUCCACCCCCCUAGAUCACAUGUGUGCUGCUGAAUGUUUUGCCAGGAAUAGACGACCCACGACGCCGAAAUUGGCAUCGACGGAAGGCUUUGACGGUUACAGCGGAGGCAGGCUUCCAUGGGCUGGCCACCUGGGAGCUGUGUGUUCUGACCAUCAGCUGAGGUCGAUGGGCGGUCGGGCGGAAGUGAAAAGUGAUGGCUGGGCCUUCAGCAACGAGUUUCGAGACGAUUCCCGAGUGCCUGAAGCAAUACUCGGUAGCAGGCUGGGCAGGCCGGCAAGACCAGGCAAUCGCAAAAUUUGGAGCGGAAGGAUCAGGUGCUCUGGCAGUCGGAUGCCGCCUGGCUGCAGACGAAGCGUGAUAGCAGGGCUAAUGCAUAUAUGGAGUGGCAGCGGAAGGCACCCGGGAGGCUGCGAGGCAGGCCAGGACGCCAUGGGCGCACACAAGGCAGGCCAAUGCAGUGCGGUUCUCCAAGUUGAUUGA